CAAUCAUCAUCACUCAUGAGUGUAUUGCCAAAAGAGACUAUCAAGGUUAUUGCAGAAUGUGUUGGUUUAUCCAACUUGAACGAUGAGAUUGCAACUCAAUUAGCAUCAGAUGUCGAAUACAGAAUAAGAGAGAUUGCUCAAGAAUCAAUCAAGUUCAUGAAACAUUCGAAACGAGAGUAUCUGACGACAGAGGACAUUAAUCAUGCGUUGAAGUUGAGGAAUAUAGAGGUGCUGUAUGGUUAUGGAGCGAGCGAACCACAUAGGUUCUCAAAGGUACUCAGUCCAACACAGGCGAUCUAUUUCAUACAUGACAGGGAACUGUUGUUUCAAGAUAUAUUGGCUCAGCCUCUGCCAAAGUGUCCGCGCGAACCCUCACUCGCCGCACAUUGGCUGGCGCUGGAGGGCGUGCAGCCACUCAUCCCGCAGAACCCUCCCCCUCAGAGCCAGUUCGACACAUUCAACAAGAAGCUAAAGAUGGAUGGCACCGCCAAUGGCAGCGCAUCAGGCGGCGCUGGCGGUAGUGGCAGCGGCAGUGGCAGUGGAGCAGUCUCGACCGUGACCAGCGAACCCCUACAGCCAGCUUCAACAUCAAUCGAUGGCGUACCAUCGGCCAUCGUCAAGCCGACCGUCAAGCACGUGUUGUCCAAGGAGAUACAGAUGUUCUACGAAAAGAUCGUCAGCGCGGUCAAGGGCGACAAUCAGGAUCUGUUCGAGGCGGUGCUCGUCAGUCUCAAGCAAGACUCGUCGCUGCACCAGCUGCUGCCCUACUUCACCAACUUCAUCUCGCUCCAGGUCACGCAGAACCUGACCGACCUCAACCUGCUGACGCGUCUGAUGCGCAUGUCACGCGCCAUCCUCGAGUCGGAGCAUCUCAAGGCCGAGUUCUAUCUGCACCAGAUGAUGCCGCCUAUCGUCACCUGUCUGGUCGGUCGCAAGCUGUGCCACUCGCCCAACGAGAAUCACUGGCAGCUGCGGGACUACGUGGCCAACGUGCUGCAGCUCAUCUGUCGCAAGUACGGCCAGGCCUACCCCACGCUACAGAGUCGUCUGACCAAGACGCUGACACAGACACUCUACGACACGAGCAAGCCACUGACUACACAUUAUGGCGCGAUCGUUGGACUGGCGGCACUAGGUCGCAACACCGUCCACAACAUCCUCCUACCCUACGUUCCCAAAUACUACAAACAACUACUCGAUCCAGAGUUACACAAUGACUCCAAUCCCGCCAAACAGUUUGAGGCUGAGCGAGUGUACAAUGCAUUGAUGGUGGCUGUUGGAAACUACAUGUCAUGGCUUUCAGAAGGCGAGAACAUAUUGGCAGUGUUGGACAUGGAGACACAGAGAGGCCCUGUGGCCUUUGACUACGACUCGAUUCUAGCUACACUCAGAAAGGUGUACGCUGAGCUGUUUGAUAUCUUUGGCGAGAAGCUCAUGGUGUAUCUCAAGAGACAGGAUGCGAUGGACACGACCAACACUACAAACACAGCAAACAGUGUUAUGGUCGAA